GCGUGAGGAGAAGGGGAGUGGUUGAAGAAAAGAAGAAGAAGAGGGAAAAGAAGAGAGGAGGAAGAAGAGAGGAAGAAGAGGGAGAAGUGAAGAAGAUGAAGAAGAAGAAGAAGAGGAGGUGGCUGCAACGAGGGCUGCAGCGAGAAGCUGUGGGGCGUGGGGAGAAGAAGAGAGGAAGAAGAUGGAGAAGAGAAGAAGAAGAAGAAGAAGCAGAAGAAGAAGAAGAAGAAGAAGAAGAGAGGAGGAUAGCUGCGGCAAGGCUGCAGCGAGGAGGUGUGUGGCUUUGGGGAGGAAAAGGGAAGAGGAGAAGAAGAGAAGGAGAAGAAGAGGGAAAAGAGAGGCAGCUGCAGCAGCCAGGGCUGCAGCACCUCUGUUUCCCGCAGGUGGAAACAGAGGAGAGGAUGUGUGGGGCGUUGAGGAUGAAAAGGGAAGAAGAAGAAGAAGAAGAAGAAGAAGAAGAAGAAGAAGAAGAAGAAGAUAGCUGCGGCAAGGCUGCAGCGAGGAGAUGUGUGGCCUUGGGGAGGAAAAGGGAAGAGGGGAAGAGGAGAAGAAGAAGACGAGGAAGAGACAGAGGUGUGAUACCUCUGUUUCCUGCAAAGGAAACAAAGGAGAGGGUGUGUGUGACGCCGGGGAAGAAGGGGCUACAGCUGCGGCAAUGGCAGCUGCAGCUGGAAGAGAAGAAGAAGAGGAAGAUGAGCAGGGGAGGAGGAAGAGGUUGCGGCCGUGGCUGCGGCCGCGACUGCAGCAGUUGCAGCGGGGAGAGAAGAAGAAGAAAGGAAGGAGAAGGAAGAGGAGAAGGGAACGAAGUAGCUGCGGCUGCGGUUGUGGCAGCUGCAGCUAUGGCAGGGAAAGAGGAAGAGAAAAAGGAAAGGAAGAAGAAGAGAAAGGGAAGGAGAGGAAGAAGAGAGGAAGAGGAGAAGGGGCUGCGGCUGCGGCGAUGGCAGCUGCAGCUGUGGCAGGGAAAGAGAAAAAGGAAAGGAAGAAUAAGAGAAAGGGAAGGAGAGGAAGAAGAGAGGAAGAGGAGAAGGGGCUGCGGCUGCGGCGAUGGCAGCUGCAGUUGUGGCAGGGAAAGAGAAAAAGGAAAGGAAGAAGAAGAGAAAGGGAAGGAGAGGAAGAAGAGAGGAAGAGGAGAAGGGGCUGCGGCUGCGGUGAUGGCAGCUGCAGCUGUGGCUGGGAAAGAAGAGAAGGAAAGGAAGAAGAAGAGAAAGGGAAGGAGAGGAAGAAGAGAGGAAGAGGAGACGGGGUGGCAGCUGCGGCAGUGGCAGCUGCAGUUGGAAGAGAAGUAGGAGAGGAAAUAGAGUAGCAGAGGAAGAAGAGGCUGCGGUUGUGGUGGCUGCGGCCAUGGCUGCGACUGCGACUGCGGCAAUUGCAGUUGGGAAAGAAAUGAAAGGAAAGGGGGAAAAAGGGGCUGCGGACGGGAUUGCGGUCGCAGCGGCAGCGACUGCGUAUGCAGCAAUUAUGUCUGCGAGAGAAGGGAGGAAGGAAGGUAGUGCGGUGGAAGGGGCUGCGAUUGUGGCAGCGGCAGCGGCGGCAGCUGUGGCAGCUGCGUUUGGGAAAGAAAAAGAAGGAAUGAGAGUAAGAGAGAGCAGGUGACUGUGCCUCGAUGUUCGACACGUGAUGUAGUUACGAAGAAAGGAAGAAAACGGGAGCACAAAACGAAAUAGAGAGAGGACACGGAGGAAAAGUAGAAAGAUUGGACUGGCACCUUCCUUGGAUAUUCAGAUCAAAAUAUUUGAAAGGUCAGCUUGUUACUCUUCGAGAUGUUUGAUUUGGGCUGAGGCAGUGGAUAGCUAUUCAGAAUGAUGGGCAAGUCUGGUUGGUUAUUACGAUAUUGUUGUAUAAGUAUGUCUUGUAUAUAAUGAAAUGUUGUCGAUGAACCGAAAUAGAUAUACUGUGUCCAAGUGUUAGGAGAUCUCUCUUAUUUGGAAUUUCAGAAUGUUAAGUCUAAUUUAUGGUGAUAUGAACUUGUGGUGAUUAGUUGGA